AUGCAGCAGCCCAUGCGACGGCUCUUUUUACUUCCUGUAGGCGCUCUCUUCACCUUGUUUCUCUUCAUCCAACUACUUAAGAAACAACAUACAAGGGUUAUAGUUGAUGCUCAUGCUGAACCUUCGGUCCCUAUUCUUCUUACUGACAAUGUACCUAGUACAUUGAAUACAUUUGCUCAAUAUUUACCAAUUGAUCAACUUUACAGUUUUUUCAAGGUGUCUGAGAUUGCUCAAGUCUUGAAUGAAAGUCCCAAUUGGAGUGCCAUUGGUUUGGUUUUGGAAGAAGCUAUUGUGGCCACUUUUCAUUGUAUUAAACUAUGGGGAACUUUGUUUUUUCUUCUUAUCGUUCCUAUACUUCAAGCUCUAUCAAUAAUAGGAGAAAUGGUGCUUCCUCACAUGCUCACGCUUGUGACAAUUGGAGCUGACUACGUGAGCAAGAUGGAUCCUCUUUAUCAAGCUCUGAUGCUCCUUCUAGUGCUUUUUAUAUUUGUCUGUAUACGUCGAGGAUACGUGCACAAGACACGUUUGCUGUACGUGAGGACGAAAAGGAACAUGGAGCUACGAUAUAGAGCUUUUGUGGCCAGUUUGAGUGCCAAAUGGCGCAUUGUGGCUAUUCUUCUACCCCAUUUGAUGUUUUUUGCCUUGAGCUUUGAAGCUCUUUAUUGGUUACCAGAUGCAACGACAAACGUGUUAAAAAGUGAUGCACUAUUUAGACUGCUUUCGGUUGGAUAUCCACUACUGCACUCGAUAGAAGUGAUACGACAGAAGAGACUUUACCCCAAACAUACCAAGUCAACUCCCUUAUUUUCAAGAUCCGGGCUUACGAGUAAAAUGAUGAAGAAAGCUGGCAAGAUGAACAUCCCGGACUACGAGUGGAGGCCUUACGAGGUAUGUUUGAAGUACUGGGUCAUCUGGUCUUUCGCGGUAUGCCUCAUUGGCAUGGUAACGCUUUUCUUGCCAGCAUUUGUGACCUCGUUCUUCACAGUGCCUCUCCAUUGGUGCAACAUUGUCCUGAUUUGGAUCCACUCGCCGUUCACUCGAGGCGGCAUUGCACUUUACACUCUCCUGAGCCCCCUUAUCAGUCCAUACGCGAACCAUGUUCAUGAAUACGAAGCGACGAUUAACGCAGAUGCAGAAGGUAAGACGAACUUUUUGAUUCGCACUUUGGUAUCGUUCCGCGUCGUACCAGAACGACAUGUGCACUUGGCAAAGGACCUAUGGUCGCAAGGCCCUGCGCUCUUUGGGCUCUUCUUUUUGUUUACGCCAGGAUUUGUGGCCUCUCGAGGUUGUUCGCUGAUGGGUUUUGGCUUUCCUGCCUAUGUCACGAUAGGAGUGCUAGGUGAAAAGCAAACACGGCGCUACGAGUGGUGGCUUGCGUAUUUUAGCGUAGCGAUUGCUGCAGAUUACUUAAUCACCGCACUCGGUCGAGAGAUCGGGUGGCUCCCGCUGUUUUAUCACGCAAAGUUGUUGGUGAUGGUGUGGCUUCAAUUUCCGUACUUUCAAGGUGCAGAACGAAUUUUCAAUGCAAGCUUUUCGAGCGUCUUUGUAGUUCCAGAACGCAAAGAGGAUUAA